AUGGAUCAGCCGACUGCAAAGAGUCUAUGUAUAAAUCAGAAAGCUUCCAUAAGUGGGUUGGAAAAUAUGAAUGAAACAAACUAUGUGAAAAACAGUGUGUACUGGGAAAUGGUAAAAAACUACACCGAAUAUUAUGGAGGAUGGGGAAUUUGGAUAGAUGGAGAGAAGAAAUAUGAGUGUAGAGCAGAGAAUACGACUUCUUUACCGGGUCCCUGCAAUGGAGUCAAUGGAUUCAAUUUCCUUGAUAAAACACUUCAGAAGAAGGGUGGAUACGAUUGGGAUGGAAGGAAUCCAGAUGGGUACAGAGGGUAUCAGAACUGCAUUAUGAUGAUGAUCAGUAGAUCAUAUAAAAAUGGAAAAUUUGACGAUUUAAUAUGCUCAGACAAACAAGAUUUCUAUAAACGUGGAGUUUUGUGUGGGCUUCUGGCAAAAUGA